CGUCAUGUGUGGUUGAGAGAUAGGGUGGGUUGGGCUGUCCUUUGCUCUCUCGGCUACUUACAUCUCAAAUAACACUAAUAAGAAUAUUUAAACCUAAUAUAGGGAUACACUAAAAUAACAUAAUGAGUUAGAGGACUGUAUUUGGUGUGUGCCAGCGCACUGAAUCAUGGGUCGGUGUAGAGUCCACCUCCUCCUGCUGCUCCUGCUGCAGACCCUGCACACAUCGGCUGAGGGCUCAGAUGGACAGUUGACGUGUCUGUUUGACUGCCCGAAAUGCCUCCAGGCCACCCAGUGCCCCGGUACCCGCUGCUUCUCCUCCGUAAACAUCGAGAGCAGCGGGGUGGUGUUUAAGCAUGGCUGCCUUGUAGGGCUGGAUAAUAUCCAUCUGCAGUGCUCCACAGCGCCUUCUUUCCGACAAGCCAUUUUAUGCUGCGCCCAGGACAUGUGCAACGACAACAGCACCAGGAGUUUGCUGAUGUCUUUGCUUCCCACAGCCCCAGAAGGGGAGCCUGUUCGGUACCGUGUAGAGAUGUUAGCCCUCUUUGUGCUCGGUCCGGUGGUGGUUCUGGCUCUGCUGUCUGUGUUGUCAGUGCUGGCCUGCAGGAGGCUCCACCACGGCCGUCUGCAGAGGCUGCAGGAGUUUGACGCUGAGCAGGGGGCCAUUGAUGGCCUCAUCACCUCCAAUGUGGGAGACAGCACUUUAGCGGACCUGUUGGAUCACUCGUGUACAUCAGGUAGCGGCUCGGGUCUCCCCUUCCUCGUGCAGAGAACUGUGGCCCGGCAGAUCAGCCUGAUGGAGUGUGUCGGCAAAGGGAGGUAUGGGGAGGUGUGGCGGGGCCAGUGGCAGGGCGAGAACGUGGCUGUAAAAAUCUUCUCCUCCAGAGAUGAGAAGUCCUGGUUCAGGGAGACGGAGAUCUACAACACCGUGCUGCUGAGACAUGAAAACAUACUGGGCUUCAUGGCGUCCGACAUGACGUCUCGCAACUCCAGCACCCAGCUGUGGCUCAUCACCCAUUACCAUGAGAACGGUUCGCUUUAUGACUACUUGCAACGGGUUGCCGUGGAGACGUCGGAGGGCUUGGCGAUGGCCGCGUCGAUAGCGUGCGGCCUGGUGCACCUGCACACGGAGAUCUUCGGCACCGAGGGGAAACCGGCCAUCGCACACAGAGACCUGAAGAGCAAAAACAUCCUGGUCACAAAGGAGCUGCGCUGCUGCAUCGCAGACCUCGGGCUGGCUGUGACCCACUCACAGGCAGACAACCAGCUGGAUGUGGGCAACAACCCGAAGGUGGGCACCAAGCGUUACAUGGCGCCUGAGGUUCUGGACGAGACCAUUCAGAUCGACUGCUUCGACGCCUAUAAGAGAGUGGACAUCUGGGCCUUUGGGCUGGUGCUGUGGGAGAUAGCGAGACGCACAUACAGCAAUGGUAUUGUUGAGGAGUACAAGCCUCCGUUCUACGACCUUGUACCAAAUGACCCCAGCUUCGAGGACAUGAGGAAGGUGGUGUGUGUGGAGCAGCAGAGGCCGUUCAUUCCUAACCGCUGGUUCUCUGACCCUACUCUCUCUGCUCUGGUGAAACUGAUGAAGGAGUGUUGGUACCAGAACCCCUCUGCCCGGCUAACGGCGCUGCGCAUCAAGAAAACCCUGGACAAGAUCCACAGCUCUCUGGAGAAGGGCAAGGAGUCGUGAGGGGGAGAGGAGCAUCGGGGGAAGCCGCCUCAUGAGCGCAAACAAGAGCCCCGUGUUUGUGAAACGAAAAAGGACGAUAGAGGGGGGUGCAAACGGAGAACCAGUUGUUCAGGUGUCACCCAGCCUCACCCUUCUCUUGCUCACUUUCACUGUGGUUGCCUUCCACCGACCUCCCCCCCCCCCCCCCCGACGAGAUCACAGACGUUUGGACCUGCCUUUGUUACAGGACACACACCGUGGCCCCUUGUGCUUGCACUGACCUGAACUGCAGACUGUUACUGAGCGUGAAGAACAUGGAUGGCAUAUUGUAGUACUCCAUCCCAACGCUUUAACGCCCACUGCUCUCUCUCUCUCACACACACACACACACACACACACACACACACACACACACACACACACACACACACACACACACACACACACACACACACACACACACACACACACACACACACAGCUAUAUUUUCUGAUCCCCAGCCAGUGUCUUUUGGCCUGUGUUCGUGGCUUUCUGCUCAGAGACAAUCAGAAGUGUUUCACUCAUUUAGCUUUACAAAAACAUGCCAACCAUUGUCACACACACACACACACACACACACAAGGAAAAGAGCCAAUGGAACUAAGAUGUGUUUCUUUUUUAACUUCUUUUCAAAUGGUAUGAUAUUUAUUAAACUCCACUGCGACCACACUACUGAGAACAUGUCAGACAGACUUUAUACAUAUAUAUAGGCAGUUACUGUACUGGACUCUACACACAUUGUCUUUAUUGGAACUAGUAUUUGUGGAGAAAUAGAGGGAAAAAGUAGGAAAUAGUUUCUCGCUGAGCUUGUUUGUUGUAUUUAAAAAGAAAUAGGAUACGGUACUACAGAUACUUGAUUACUACAGAUAAACAGGAAGUACCUGCCAAUAUGCAUACAUCUGUUUCUUAUAAUAUGAGUAUGAUCCUCUCUUCAAUCACAGUGGAAGCUCGCAGAAUAGUUCCAUUAACAACUCUUCUCCCAUCAUGCAACACACACAAUCUCCUGAAUAACAAACACAAACUCUGUCAACAUUUGUUCCAUUUUUAUUCAAGAUUUAUUUAAAAACAGAUAAAGUUGCCUCGGUGUGCGAUUACAAAUCUUUGCAAAGCUGGGUUUGUUUUGGAAAAAUGUUGCUUUGUCUUUUUUAUAUGUAAUAAAACAUUUACUGCA